AUGGAGCUCAUGGCCACAAUGGCGCUAGAUCGCGACGCGACCAACACCGUUGCGCUUCGCCUGCUACCACCGUCGACCGCUCCCGGGGCAGCUGUGUCGUCGUGGCUGCUGUGGCACACGAUCCCGAUCACCGCCAGCCUAUCUCGCACGUUGAGUCGGCUCGUGUCGAUCGAGGCGGCUGCGAUGACGCAGACGCCGCUGGAGACGUCGUCGACGCUCACGGCCGCCCCGUCGGCGACUACCAUGACACCGCAGCUUCCCAGCAAAGGCGCCUCAAGCAUACCGCUGGACGACACCGCAGACGCCGCGGCGAUUUGCCACUCAGCAUAUCGCUCGCAAGAUCGAAAGGCGCGCUCGCCCUCCACGGCCUCGGAGUCUUCGUCAUCGUCGUCCACUUCGACGUCAUCGGCUCUCUCAACGAGGACAAGGCUCACGUGCUCCACCGCGGACGCUGAGAAGACGAGCUGGAUCGAGCUGGUGCGCGUGGGGUACGUUGUGAGCGAGAUUCACGCCUACUGCAUCCUGUUAAAGUGCUGCCGUGCGGCGCAGGCGGCACGGUUGAAGUCAGCCUUGGAAGAGGGCGCUGCGCUGGGCUUGACGGCGCCGGUGGAGUACGUGACUGACGCGCGGCCAGUCGUCGUCACGCACUGCGCCUUCGCAGAGCGACGAGGAAAGGUGGAGGUAGUCGACGCUGAUGACGCGAGUGCCAGCGACCACCACCCACCUCGCGCAAGCGCUCGCUGGUGCACUGGCGACCACAUGGUCUCCCUAUGGGAAGCGAUCACCGCCGUAUACCCCGUCCGCGGCAACGGCGACAGCGGUGGUGGUGGUGGCGGCGGCGACGGCGACAGUGCCUCGGAUGGCGACGGCGAGUAUCACGACACGCGCGGGUCGCUGCAUCGGCGUCAUCAGUAUCACCAUCAUCCACAUCAUCUGCAGGGAAGCCCGCGCACCGCGUCCUCUGCUCCUGUUACGCCUGCUCCAGCGCGGCGGUCGCCUGCUGCAUCUUUCGCGAUGCGUAAGGGCGCCGCACCGCCACCGUCGCGGCAUACCUCCGCUGCCACCGCCGCCGCGGCAGCGGCCACGCCGAGCCGGUCCACACACACGCCGCUCCAUCUCCCCCUCGCCGACCGCGGUGGCCGUGACCCGCUGCUGAGUGGCGACUUCUGCACUAUCUGCCUGGACCCGCUGUACCUCAGCGCCUGCGUCACAACGCUCUGCCAGCACUCCUUUCAUUUGAGCUGCUACGCGCAGCUGCCGUCCGGGUCGGCCGAGUGCCCGCUCUGCCGCUUCUCCGUGUAUGACCUGCUCAACGAUGCGCGCUGCAAGGUGUGUGGCACGUACGAGGACCUGUGGGUGUGCCUAAUCUGCGGCCACGUCGCGUGCGGCCGGGCGCGACGCGAUCAUCAGCAGGAACACUAUCAUUCGUCGGGGCACUCCUGCUCGUGGCAGAGCACCACGAAUCGCAUCCGAAACCUGAGCUCCCGCAUGUUUCUCCACCAGGAGGUGGCGCUGCUGCUCGAAGAGGACGGUGUCAACGACGCGGCGACGGCAGACAGUCCACACAGCAUCGCUCUCGCUACGCGGCCACGCAGCGCCGAGGCCGGGUCGUCGUCAGAGGAAGCAGCAACAACCGCGAUGGGCGGGACACUGUCGCCCUCUGACGCGGAUCGCGUGCGGUACAUGUCGUGGAGCGACUCACUGGUAGACCACGACCUCCAGGAGGCGCUGAACGAGAGCAACGAAGAGGCGGUGGCGCAGUACUACACACAGUUCCUGCGUCAGUUGGCCGAGGAGCAGCAGCGGUGGUACGAGGCGAAGCUGGCGGAGCGAUGCCGCCGCCGUCGCGAGCGGCAGAUGGCGGCGGUCGUCAUGCCCGGCGGACGUCGCGCGGAAAGCGCGUCGUCGCCGCAAGUCGCACCAUCGGCGCACACUACUCUGUACCGCAUUACCCUGGACGAGCGGCGGCUGCGCCGUCGCGUGCUCUCCGAGUACGUGCAGGCGACCAUCAGCCUCCUUCAGGCGGCCCAGCGCGAGUAUGCCGGCAUGGCUCACACGCUCAGGGCCGCCCGCGAUGAUGCGCAGCAGCAGGUGCUUCUCCGGUCGCACUUCAACUCCGGGCUUGUGGCGCAAGUGGAACAAGUGCGCCAGCGCACACAAGAGUUGCAGCGCAAAGGCGAAAAGGCUGCACAGCAGAAGGCGGCUGAGGAGGCGGAGCUGCAGCGUCUCGUGGAUGAGGCGUUGUCGUCGCUGUGA